AUGUACAGUCGUGCUAGCCGGACUUUAUGCUGUCGUCUAUCUCUUAUACGCCCGACGUGUUCUAAAAAGACACCGCAUUAUUUGUUCAAAACAUUGCCGAUUCAGAAGUAUUCGUCCAAUAUGGCUUUGAACAGAGAGGGAAUCUUUUCUCGCACGGCAGAAGACCAGGAGAAUGAUAUCAAGUCCAGGCUAAGCAACUUUGAAGAUCAAGCAUGGAAACAGUGGCCGGCAAAGGCUCAGUUUGAAGGACUUGAAGAGCAUCGUGGCCCAAUUCAAUUGACAGUCAAAGGUUCCAUCCCCGCCUGGGCUGCUGGCUCUUUAUUCAGAACCGGGCCUGGCUUGGAUAGAGUAGAAGACACCUCCAGAGGGACUCACAUGAUCUCACACUGGUUCGAUGGUAUCGCCCACAGCCACAGAUUCGACAUCAUUCCGCCUGAAACAGCUGAGGAUAGCACUUCAGUUCUGUACACCUCUCGUCGUCAUGCAGAUGCCCUCGUUGCCGAGAUCAAAGAAAAGGGCUGGCAGACGAGCAUCUCAUUUGCUCAACGCGCUGAUCCUUGCGUGGGCAUAUUCGGCAAGGUCAUGACUGUCUUCGCCAGUGGCAAGUCCAACAAUAACGUUGCGGUCGUCCCGGACAUGCCUGGCGGUGACACUGUGAAAGGAGGAGAUUCGUCCAAAGACAAGGCCUUAUACGUCCUUACCGACAGUGCUGGUCUUAGCAAACUUGACCCCAAGACUCUUGAGCCUAUUGGAGAAGCCAGACAGCAGUCGCUUCAUCCGAGUUUGAAGGGGCCAAUUUCCUGCGCACAUUCACAGCGUGACCCCGACACUGGAGAUUUGUUUAAUUACAACUUGGAUCUGGGCGGUCGGUUUCCGACGUACCGCGUCUUUCGCGUCAAUGCCAAAGAUGGGAGUGUCGAUAUUCUUGCCACACUCUCAGGCAAGGACUAUCCAGCAGCUUAUAUGCACAGCUUCUUUGUCACGGAAAACUACGUAGUCCUUUGCGUCCAAUCAACGCAUUACGCAUGGUCUGGCAUGAAGAUCCUCUGGGAGAGAAACAUUCUCGACGCCAUGAAGCCCUUUGACAAGACUGUUCCGUGUAAGUGGGCAGUAAUUGAUCGAAGGCAGGGAACGGGCGUGGUGGCUGAGUUUUCUACUCCGGCUGGCUUCUUCUUCCACUCGGUGAAUGCCUUUGAGGAGCAGGUCAAGGAUGAAGAUGGGAAUAGCCAUACGGAAGUCUGCAUGGAUGCCAUCUCGUAUAACAACGCGGAUAUCAUGCAAGUGUUUUACUAUGACGUCCUCCUGGACCGAAACGAUGCGACGAAGAAGGCCAUGCUCGACAACCAGCUUUAUAAGUCGAUGCAGCAGCGCCUCUCACGAUAUCGAUUCAGAAUCCCUUCACAAAGGCAAUCCAAGGAGGAAAAGGCAUCUGCCGUAGCUGAAGAAGUCCUGACAAUCCCAGGCCCUCACAUCGGCGAGCUGCCCACCAUCCACCCAGCCCACAACGGCAAGCCAUAUCGCUUCGUCUACACCACCAACAACAGAGGCCUCUACAUCUUCGCCGACUCUCUCGCCAAAACAGACGUCACCACAAAGAACGUCUUGAUCUGGAGCGGACCGAGGGGCCACUCGCCAGGAGAGCCCAUUUUCGUGCCUCGCCCGGGAGGCACGGAGGAGGACGACGGGGUGCUGCUGUCGGUGGUGGUGGAUGGGGCGCUGGAGAGGUCGUAUUUGCUGUGUUUGGAUGCGAGGACGAUGGAGGAGCUGGGCAGGGCAGAGGCAGAUUUUGCGAUUCCGAUGGGGUUGCAUGGGGCGCAUCAGGCGAGGGGGCGUCUUUGA